AUGGAGUUAUUCCCUGACUUCUCCUUCGGCCUCCCUUCCCCCCCUGUGCUCAAAUUUAUCAAGCGUAUUGAGCGUGCUGAUCCAAACUCCUCCGACUUUGAUGAAGACAACCACGUAUGCUUUCAGGACAAGAUUAUUUCUUCGACAUUCCUUGCAGAUAAUUAUCUGAGCAACAUUCUUGACCUUCUGUGGGCAGCCUGGAAGACAGCCAGAGCGCCAUUAUCUAAGGGUAAGGCCUGGUCUGAUUUAUCCUUGUCCUCUACUCUUCGUGGGACUGCGUUGAUCAUCUCAUCCACCACUUUGGCCUUUAUGGCACCUCCCUCGUCUGUUUCCACCACCUUAGGUCUCACUGUACUCACAUUGGUGGCUGCCUCUGCCCUGCCUGUCUCACAAGUCACAGCUGGUGAUUCUGAUUCACCCAACGAGGAAGAGUGUCAUGCAGAGUUCCAGACCUUGAAAAAAGAUGAGCUGAUCAAGUGGAUCAAGACCAGUGGGGUCACCGUCUCCAACUUAAAACAGAGGAAUAAGAAAGAUCUUGUAACGACUAUACUGGCCUCACCCUCCGAGAAACAGCCCUCCAAGAGGGAAAUUAAUUCAUUUUUAUCUAAUCGGAAGGGGAAGAAAAAUUUGCCCACAGUCGAGAAAUGA